AUGAAAGGUGCGGGUGAGAGCCCACCCCCACAACUGCCUCCGUCGUUCUUGGCCUGGAGCUUCCUGGGUGCUUUCGCCGGCAUGAGCGCCAUCGGCCUGAUGCAUGCGUACCUCAUGCUUCCCAAGACCCACAUGCCCUUGUUGGUGGGAUCCUUUGGCGCCAUGUCAGUGAUUCUCUUCAGCGGAUUCAAGACGCCCGUGGCGCAGCCAAAAAACUGCAUCGUCGGCAACACCAUUGGCGGCUUGGUGGGUGUGGUGGUGCACGAUGGGUUGACAGCCCUGGGACUGGGCAGCUAUGUUUGGUUGGCCUCCGCCUUGGCGGUCUCCCUGACCAUCGUGGGUCAAGAGAUUACACGCACGGUGCAUCCACCAGGCGGAGCGACUGCCUUGAUCUACGUCACAACCCCCUUGGUGCAGCAUCUGGGCUACAAGUAUGUCUUCUGCCCAUCAUUCCUGGGAGCCGUGAUCAUGGUGGCCGUUGCCUGCAUCACAAACAACUUGUCGGGUGCCCGGACCUAUCCGCAAUACUGGUGCCCAUCGGAGGCGGCAGAGGAAUCCACACCUUCCAACUAUUUCAUGAAGUUUCUGGGCGCCAACGCCAAGCCACUGCCUGCAGCUUCUCCACCCUUGACACAGACUUGGUGUAGCUUCCUGGGCGCUUUCGUGGGCAUUGUUCUGCUGGUGGGAGCCUUUGGCGCCAUGCAGCUUGGAUCCUAUGGCAUAAGGUCUGUGAUCAUCUUCAGCGCAUGGAAAGUGCCCUUCGCUCAGCCGAAGAAUGCCAUCCUCGGGAACUGCAUCGGCGGCUUGACCGGUGUUUGUGUCUACGACCUCAUGGGCUUCGCAGGCCUGAGCGAAUACAUCUGGCUGGGCGGUGCUCUUUCAGUUGCCCUGACCAUCACCCUGCAGGAGCUGACCAACACCGUGCAUCCUCCCGGUGGUGCAACAGCGCUGCUUUUCGUGAUCGUUCCAGUGCUUCACAAGUUCAAAUUUGCUUAUGUGGUGACACCUUCAUUGCUGGGAACCGUGAUCCUAGUGGUAGUGGGAUGCAUCACCAACAACCUGGUGAGCCAACGUCAUUAUCCGCAAUUUUGGUUCCCUUUCUGA